CAGCCUACAUACUGGAACAGAAAGAAUACGAAUCCCUUAAUGUAAAACAAAUACAAGUGCACUAAAGAAUCCUCAGCUAUACUCAAAACUCUUGUUAUAAAGAACCAUUUUAAGACCCUUCACCCUCAUAACAACAACCUGUUCAUCUCUCUUCUAUUCUUUCAUGUCGUGCUUAAACCUUCGGCUUCCACCCGCCAAGAAAGCAUGGCGAAGCUUCACCACCAAACUGCAAACUAAACUUCAUAAACUCCACAACUCCAAAGCUAUCAAGAAACGCAACAAGUAUCAGUUCAAUCCUCCGCCUACAAAAGCUAUCCGAUGUGAUGAAAAGAGAUCGAGUCGGCUUUUCAAUGCCUUUAUGUUUAAACGACGGAGAAGUUGCCGGUUUAUCUUGAAGAAAAAGACUGCGCCUGUGUAUGUUGACAAGCUAUUUCGAGACCUGCCUGUUGCUGAUGAGAUGGUGACAGAGCGCGCUACUCAAGGGAAGAGUUUGAAGUUUAUUGAUAAACAGGCUUUGACAGUGGCAGAAUCGGCAGGUGCGAGCAAGGAAGAGAGGAAACAAAGAGAUCGUAAAGAAGGUAAUGCGGCAGCUGCCGCAGAUGAUAUGUGGGAGUCGUUAGGGUUUGCAUCCCCUCUAAUGAGGGGAAUAGAUGAAAGGGCUGAGCAAUUCAUUUCGAGUUUUCGGGCAGAGAUGGAAGUUCAAGAGUUGAUUGAAACUGAAUUAUGCAUAGAGAACGCAAGUUCAUAGCAAUAACUUUUGCUUUCUGUUCAGCUAGUUCAUAUGUUGGAAGAGAAAAUUGUCCAAAUUAUUUGAAGAAUUUGCUGUAUUUGAAAAUUAUAUAGCUCUUUUAUUGUAAAUACUUGGAAUCAAUUUAAAUUUUUUGUUACCCUUACAA